AUGAUUAAGACAGUGGAUAAUAGAGACGAACUUAUAAAAUAUUGCUUCGAUAUUUUGGUUACUGAACAGAAUGAAAAGGAAAUUGCAAUCGAUGACGAAGAGGAACCUAGUAAUUCGUCAACUGAAAUAGCCAUUCAAGAAAGUGCACAAAAUUCUAGCUUCGAUGUUGAGGCAUAUAGUACUUUAUCAAUAAAUAAUCAGAUCUCUAAUGAUUUUAUUUAUCUUAUACCCAUACAAUGUGCUGACUCUCUUUCAGAUGAAUAUUCUAUCUCUGAUGAAGAAAACGAUGAGCGGAAUUUUGAUGCAGCUUUAACUUUAUUGCAUGAGGCAAAAGAAACAAGUCAAUCUACUGACAGGCAUCAGUUCAAAAUAAAUACGAAGUUUAAAGCUGCAAAGAAAGUUAAGGUUAAUGAUGGACGAGUUUCUUCAAACUUGAUAGAGGAUAGUUCCCUGAAAAGUAUGAAUGAAGCAUUGGACCAAUCGUUAGUCGUCAAUGAUGUUCAAGAAAAUACUAGUAAUAAAGUAAAUGAAUUAACAGUAGGAGAUAAAUGUGAUGAAGUGAAGGAUAUUCAAAUGGGCCAGCAAGAUAAUACAAUUAACAAAAAAGAAAGAAUGGAAUAUUCUUCAUCUGAAUCAUCCGAUGCUGAUCUUGAUGGCAUUUCUAAUAAGAUAGUGAACCUUUCACAAACAUCAAAUGAUCCAGAGUUUGGUGAGGAAACCGAUGCCUUAUUACCUAACUCUCAUUCGUCAAUCAAUGCUAUCAUCAAUACUUUACAAGCAGUUGGCAUCGAUAAUCAAAUUUCAAUUGAUAAUGAAUGCGUUACUGAUAAUCAGCAAGCUGAAAAUAAUGGAAAAUCGAUUGAACCUAUGCUCAGUGACGAAAAAGUUGACGAAUUAUUACUUGAUUUUUAUUUGCAAAUUAAUAUUGCAGUCAAUACUUCACAAACAGUUAGCACUGAUAAUCAAAUUUCCCUUGAAAAUGAAUAUGCUACUGACAAUCAGCAAGCUGAGAAUAAUAGAGAAAUGGAUAAACAGCCAUCGAUCAAUUUUAUCUCAGGAAUGCUUGAACAAACGACCCUAGCAGAAAAUAGUACACAAGUAGAUGAUAUUGGAUCGAUUCAAGAUAAUGAUUAUGAAGAGGACUUUGAUUUUACUGGAAAUUCAGAGAAACCGAAACAAAAGUCAACUUCACAUAAUGGUAGCUCUACAAAUGACUCAAUUGAAGAUAGAGUAGAAAGCGCCAAUUUUUCAAUUGUUGUUAUAGAAAAUAAAGAAAUAGAUAAAUAUUUUAGUAGUAGUCAGAAGUCAUUCACGCAACUGGACAGUUCUCAAAGUUCAAUUUCUCUUCAAGAUAAUAUUUCUGAUAGACAAAUCAGUCCAAUCAUAACACAACAUGAACAACCUAAUAGGGAGAUAGUUAAUGAAGAUAGUUCAUCACCAAAAUAUUACCAAUAUUGUUACUUUAAGUUAUUGGGUGACUUUAUUCCAGGUGAAAAUAGAACUUCCAUUUUACUAAUUAUAAGAAUUACAAAUGAUAAAUAUAUUAAAAAUACUGAAAAUAAAAUAGAUAAUUCUCAAGUAAUCCCAUUAGAUAUUAAUACUGUUCAGACUUAUAGUUCUGACGAUAAUUGGGAAACAGACUCUCAAGAGAAGGUUGAUAUAAGGUGUCAAAUUAGAAAUAUCUACAGACAAAUUUCAGACAGAGGAACUAAUUUUAAUAAUGCAAGGGUUCAAUAUAUUCUUUCACUUUGUGAAUUGGUGCGAAUUUCCUAUGAAUUAACAAAAAAGGUAAAAGAACUAAAAAAAGAUAAUAAGUUCACAGUUUCUAGAUUUAUUGAGGUGAAAGAUCAAGAAACAGGGUGGAACGUAAUUUCUAAGAGCAAAAGAAUUGAUCCGAUCAGAUUAAAGGUCAUGCCAAAAUCUAAAUGGGAAGAUCUUAUUAAAAAUAUAAAAGAAAAAUACUCAGUCAAUACUGAUUAUAAGCUUAUUGAAAAAAGCUUAAAAGAAGUAGAAGAUAAUUUUUAG